AUAAAAAAAUUAGAGUUUUCAAUUUUCCGAAAGUUUCGCAGCUAUUUGGAUAAUUAUUGAGUUGAUUUGUAUUAUUGCUUAUGGUUUGAUAUGGUAAUGAGAAGGUUCUAAAUGCACAUCAGGACAAUGACGAUCCGUUUUGUGCAGCGUUUGUGGAAUAUCACUCAUUUGCGAAGCGCCAAGAAUCUUCUCCAGAAGAACCACUCGGCAUGCUCUGUUUUAAGGAUUCCGAACAGGGAAUUUUCGAGGACGAGUAUACGGCAGAACGCGUCAACUACAACUGUGAACGGAGCAGAUCGGCCGCAGUACACUCCCGUCAAGCUUGCUACUAAGUCAUGGAAACCCGAGGGCGAACUGGCACAGCUGGCGGCAAAGUCCAAAUGCCCAGUAUAUUUGACGCACGGUCUUCUGGGCUACAAGGAGGAAUUCGAUCCCUUGGCGCAAGAAAUCGCUAACCGCACUGGCCAUGUCGUCACCGCAUUAGAUGCGCGCAACCACGGAGAAAGUCAGCAUGCUGAUCGGAUUGAUUACAUUGCCUUGGCGGAUGAUUUAACCCACUAUCUGCGGGAACAACGUGUCGAUGAAGCGAUUUUUGUUGGGCAUAGUAUGGGCGCUGGAGGAUUGUUAGCGCUUACUUUCCGCAAGCCGGAAGUGAUAAAGGGAAUGUUUCUUAUUGACGCGGCUGUAAUUGAUGUACCAAGGAAGCAGCAGUUAAGCGCAUUCCUGCGCGGUCUUCAAAUGUUGCAGUUCGAUCCCACCAAAACGCUUGAGGAGAACCGCCGUAUGGCCGCUGAUAUCUUGAAGUAUUACGAAGUUGAGACUUUCUUAAUUGAUCAUCGUGUGCUGCCGAAUAUUGUCGAAAAGGACGGGAUAACGCAUUGGCGUGUAAAUAUUGACGUAUUUGUGCGCGAUGUCAUGCAUCUGACCCGGGCACCUCCGGAAUUCGCUGAUUUUCCGUACGCUUACAAGGGACCGCUGCACAUUAUGGUCAGCAAUGCAUCCGGUUACAUCAGCCCCGUGGGCAAAGCCACAACGAAGGAGAUUUUUCCGCAAGUGGAAUAUCAACAUGUGGAUGGUGCUGGACACUGGAUACAUAUCGAUCAGCCAGAACUGUUUUUGAAAAGCGUAAUUGCGUUUAUUAAUAAUGUUGAUAAAGACUCUUGAUGUUUUGAAGUUAAACACUUUUGAAGCAGCUCAGAUAUUAUAUUAAAGAAUUCUGUGUAAAAAUAAGUAUUAUAGUAAGUUCGGAGUUUUACUUUUGGGCCUGAAACGCUCAGCGCUGUGUACCUGGGUCCGGACAGAUAGGUGAUUGUUGUUGGUGCUUACCGUGUUUUCCGACCCGUGUAGGCAGAUGUCUUCGCCAUUUCAGAAUUGAAAUUAAAU